UUUUUUCUUUGUUUUUUUGUUUGUAUAUGUUUGUGUGUGUUUCCAAAUGAAAUUGAAGAUUGUUUUUAAAAUUUUGGUGAAAAAUUGUGUUGGAAUUUUGGUGGGGAUUGCGUUGAAUAUGUAGACUGCUUUUGGUAGGAGGUCCACUCUCAUAAUAUUAAUUCUUCUGAUCCACAAACACAGAAGAUCUUUCCAUCUUCUGAUGUCUUUCUCAUUUUCUUUCUUCAGUGUCAUAAAAUUUUAAUUGUACAAGUUUUUUUUACUUAUUUGGUUUAUAUGUGUGUGUGUGUGUGUGUGUGUGUGUGUGCACAGACACACACAGAUACACUGACACACACAUUUUGAAGCUAUUGUGAAAGGUAGCAUUUCCCUGAUUUCUUUCUCAGUUUAUCUGUCAUUUGUAUAUAGGAAGGUUACCGCUUUUUUUUGUGAGUUAAUUUUGUAUACUGCUACUUUGCUGAAAGUGUUUUUCAGCAGUGAAUGUUCCCUGGUGGAGUCUAGAGGAUUUUUUAUAUAUUAAAUCAUAUCUUCUGCAAAUAGGAAUACCCCUACUUCUCCCUUUCCAUGUGUUACCCCUGGAUCUCCUUUGGUUGUCUUAUUGUCUAGUGAAGACUUUCCAAUGCUAUGUGGAAUAGGUGAGAGAGUGAAUGUCCUUGUCUUGUUCCUAGUUUUAGUGGAAAUGUUUUUGAGUUUCUCUCUGUUUAUGUUGAUGUUGGUUAGUGGCUUGCUAUAUGUCAUUUUUUGUUGUUUUUUAAAUCCCCUCUAGACAAGGUUUCUUUGUGUGUCCCUGACCGAUCUGGAACUUCUUGUAGACCAGGCUGCCCUUGAAUUUAGAGAUUUGCCUGCCUCUGCCUCAAGUGCUGAGUUGUUUGUAUGUCCCUUAUAUCACUUGUCUCUCCUGAACUUGUAUCCUGCAGGCAUGGUGGAUUUUGUCAAAAGCCUUUUCUGCAUCUGAUGAAAUGAUCAUGUUGCUUUGUGUUUCUAUUUGUUUAAGUGGUGGAUUUCCACUCAUAGAUUUGUAUCCAAGGGGAGGUUACCCAGCCCACUUGCAGUUGCCUUGGUUAUAUUUUCUUGCUAUUCUUACAAAUUAUGUAUAAUAGAAUAUUGUGGAGGAUAUAUGGACUUUUUCUGGAGCUCAGUUCAGGAAUAAGUUUCUCCUUUCUCUUUCCUCUUUAUUCAUUUUUUUUUUUUUUAUUUUGUGGAUUUUUUUUUGGACAGGGUCUCAUGUGGCUCAAUCUGUGCCUAAAGUUGCUAUACAGCUGAGGAUGACCUUGAAAUCCUGUUUCUUCUGUGUCCACAUCCCGUGUACUAGGCUUUGGAACUACAUUUAAAAAAACCAACAACCCAUUUAGAUUAUAUAUGCUUCUUGAUUUAUUGAAAAUGAAGUUAGGAUUUUAAUUUAUUUUCAAACCCUUAUCUUGUUUCUUUCUGAUAUCCAGGAAGAGAGAUAUACGUGCAGAGGACAGAGGUUGAUGUCUGAUGUCUUCCUCUGUCAGUCUCCAACUUAUUUUUUUGAGACAAGGUCCUUCACUGAACCUGGAGCUUGCUGCUUUGGCUAGACUUAGCUGGACAACAAAGCCCCGAGGAUCGUCCUGUCUCCACCUCCCAGCACGGGGAUUACAGGUUAAAAUGAGCUUGUUGGUGGAUCUGACAAAUACUUCAAGGUUUUAUGACAGAAAUGACAUAGAAAAAGAAGGAAUCAAGUAUAUCAAACUUCAGUGUAAAGGACAUGGCGAAUGCCCCACUACUGAGAAUACUGAGACAUUCAUUCGCCUGUGUGAAAGGUUUAAUGAAAGAAGCCCACCUGAACUCAUAGGUGUCCACUGCACCCAUGGCUUCAACCGUACUGGCUUCCUUAUAUGUGCCUUUUUGGUGGAAAAAAUGGAUUGGAGCAUUGAAGCAGCAGUUGCUACGUUUGCCCAAGCCAGACCACCAGGAAUUUAUAAGGGUGAUUAUUUGAAGGAACUUUUUCGUCGCUAUGGAGAUAUAGAAGAAGCACCACCACCACCUGUAUUGCCAGAUUGGUGUUUUGAAGAUGAGGAUGAGGAAGAUGAGGAUGAAGAUGGAAAAAAGGACUCAGAACCAGGGUCAAGUGCAUCCUUUGGUAAAAGGAGAAAAGAACGGUUAAAACUGGGAGCAAUUUUCUUGGAGGGCAUAACUGUUAAAGGUGUAACUCAAGUAACAACUCAACCAAAGUUAGGAGAGGUACAGCAGAAAUGUCAUCAGUUCUGUGGCUGGGAAGGGUCUGGGUUCCCUGGUGCACAGCCUGUCUCCAUGGACAAACAAAAUAUUAGACUUUUAGAGCAGAAGCCAUAUAAAGUAAGCUGGAAAGCAGAUGGUACUCGUUACAUGAUGUUGAUUGAUGGCACAAAUGAAGUUUUUAUGAUUGACAGAGAUAAUUCUGUUUUUCAUGUUUCAAAUCUGGAAUUUCCAUUUCGUAAAGAUCUCCGCAUGCAUUUAUCAAAUACCCUUUUGGAUGGGGAAAUGAUCAUUGACAAAGUAAAUGGACAGGCCGUUCCAAGAUAUUUGAUAUAUGACAUAAUUAAGUUCAAUGCACAACCAGUUGGAGACUGUGAUUUUAAUAUUCGUCUACAGUGUAUUGAACGUGAAAUUAUAAGUCCACGACAUGAAAAAAUGAAGACUGGACUCAUUGACAAAACACAGGAGCCAUUUAGUGUCAGACCUAAACAAUUUUUUGACAUCAAUAUUUCAAGAAAGCUUCUGGAAGGAAAUUUUGCCAAAGAAGUCAGCCAUGAAAUGGAUGGACUUAUUUUUCAGCCUAUUGGAAAAUACAAACCUGGUCGAUGUGAUGACAUUUUGAAAUGGAAACCUCCUAGUUUAAACUCUGUGGAUUUUCGACUUAAGAUAACAAGAAUGGGAGGAGAAGGGUUGCUUCCACAGAAUGUUGGCCUUCUCUAUGUUGGAGGUUAUGAAAGACCCUUUGCACAAAUCAAGGUGACUAAAGAACUAAAACAGUACGACAACAAAAUUAUAGAAUGCAAAUUUGAGAACAACAGCUGGGUCUUCAUGAGACAGAGAAUAGACAAAAGUUUCCCAAAUGCCUACAACACAGCCAUGGCUGUGUGCAAUAGCAUUUCGAAUCCUGUCACCAAGGAGAUGCUGUUUGAGUUCAUUGACAGAUGUGCAGCAGCUGCCCAGGGACAGAAGAGAAAGUAUCCCCUGGACCCUGACACAGAGCUCAUGCCACCCCCACCGCCCAAAAGACUGCACCGACCAACCUAGUCCCUGCCUCUGAGAGGAAGAAGAAUGCUGUUGUCUCAUUUUCUCAACCAGAGAAUUAAAGAGACAGUAUGGCUUGGUACUGGUACAUGUGUUUUAAGGGAAGUCAUAGUCAGCCUGUAUAUAUUUGGUACAUUUGUUUUCUCUGAACUACAGUACAUCAUGGACCUAAAUAUUUUAUUUAUACCUGAUAAAUUCAGCCUUACCCCUGUGGAGUCUACAGAUUGAAAUAUCCAAAGGUUUAAAUCAGAUUGAAGUUAAUGAAAUAGAGGCCUUGUUUGUAUGUGAACAGACACCUUUACAUUUGAUUCAUAACUAGCAAUCUGAAGCUGUAAGCAUAUUGCAUUUUUUAAAAGUUGGAUUUUAAGUUUUCCUCUUUAAAAUGUGGGCAGUGGCAUUAGAAAGUCUCACUAACUUAUCAUGGAUUUCUUAUAUUUCUGAAUUUUUUAUAUUCUGAGCAAUGACAAGGUCAAGUAUUAUGUACAUUAAACAGUUUGGUCUGGCCAUACCAUUUGAAGAAGUUUUUCUGUUUUUGUUUUCUGUGAGGGUGGGGUGUGAAACAGUAACAUAGCUUCAUUUACUUGUGAGUUGUAUCCUUUUUUUAGAAACUAUUUGGGGCAUUGUACUGUGUCUCUUGUUUGAACCGCGGUGUCAGAUGUCUGGGGUUCUCAUCCUGGCAGUGGUUUUGAGUUCCUUUGUGGCACUUAGGUUUAGAACCCCAGGUCCUUUAUGUGCUGCUGUCCUGGGAGCAUUGCUUCUUUCCGACAGCAGAGCUCCUUCUGCUUUACCUACUCACUGUGAUCUCUGGGAGCAGCAGCAAACACAACUGCUGUUGGGUUAUUUCCCUCAAACAGGGCAUCAGACGCAGUGGCAGCUUUGCCUAGAAGGUGAUGUCAACUGAACACAGUGCUAUCUCUAGGAAAGGCUGGCCCCACUGGACACAUACAGAGGCAUUGCAGAGACGGAUCACAGAGGACGUGAAGGUGGUGCUCCCAUUGCCACAGCUGCACCUGUGCUCGGAGAUAGGAUUUCACUCUGAGGCUGCACUUCAGUGUUUACUCUAGACAGUAGGUUUAAAAGGCAGCUAAUGGUCCCUGCCAUUGUAAAACUUUUUCUGAUAGGCUUGUGAGAGAAUUUAGAAUUAGCUACUAGUAAGCAGCUUACUUAAUGUAUUUAUUUUUAGAGACAUGGGUUUUAAGUAUACGUAUUUAAAACAAAUGUUCAUGAUCUGUAUUUUAUAUAUGUAUAAGCAUAUCUGAAAGUAUAUGCAACAGUGUAUAUUCUUGUACUGAUACAGCCAGAAAUGAGAACUCGAAUGCGUUACCUAACAGGCUGAGGGUCUGAUGGAAUUUUUAUUUGACAUAGCACAGAUUAACCAAAACUGUAUUUAUAUGAACCUGAGUUUUAAUGUUUUUAAACAAACUUUACAUCUGCAGUGCUUUUUUGUGUGGAAUACUAGGACUGUGCUUAGGCUUAUGCCUCUGUUUUUCCCAAGUUAUGUAAUGUGUUAGCAAAUUUAUUCAAAAUACCAUGUUAAUUUUUUUCCUAGAUUGCUUUUGUACAUUUGGGCACUGAAGGGAUUUAAACACCUGACUGCUACAGGAUUGUUGAGGGGAAAAUGUCAAGAUUCCUUCUGUUUAUUACAUGGUGGAUCCAAAACUGCCUGUGGACUCCAGACAAUCUAGUCCCUGCUCCCCAGGGUCACUGAAUCUUUUCGACAUAGUUGGGCUGCUUCCAAGCUGGUGCAAAAGCAGAGCCCUUUUGAAGAUACAGUAACACGCUUUUGCCAAUGAUCUCUGAUAGAAUUAAAAUGUUUAUGGUAACUUUACCUUUCAAAUGAAUUCUGUGAAAAGAGCAUUAUAUAGGACUUACUUUUUCAGCUCAUCCUUUCCUUUCAAUUGUGGUGACAUGAUCAUUGGCAAUGUAGUCCCCAAACACACCACCUCCUGAAGUCUCCUAGCAGUCAUUUAGGCUGUUGGAUGAAAGGUAGGAUUUGGACAGCUUGAAGGAAAACUUCCCUCUGGCUCAUAGUACAACAGCUGGUUUUUUAGCUGAUACUUUCUAGACAAGAAUAGGAAGACUGUUUCCCUGAGUUACCGCAUGUAAAGGCUUGCUUUUUGUUUGGAAAAAAAUAUGGAUGACUACUGCCUAGAUGGUUACUUUGCUUUCCAUGAAAUGCUCAGAAAUGCCAGAACAUUCCUUCUCUAAUUGUGUCAGUGUGUAUUGUAAUAAAACUACUGAUGUAAAAUAACAGUGUGUCUUUCCUGUCUCACUGACAGUGAUCUGGUGUCCCUUCUGCUGUGCUGGCUCUUGCUGUCUUCUGCUCCUAGGGUGCUUCAUCUGGCUAGUUACAUUCUAGAGAGUAAUCUAAAGACCUGGAAACUUGACGGACACUGCAGUGUGUGUGAAGCCUUUCCUUCUGACGUCUAGGGUGGAGGUACUUUAUCUUUUCUGUACAUCACCCCAUCUCACACUCUACCAAAGAAACAUCCUCUUGCAUUAUUUUUUGUGGGUUUCUUUUAGAGUAAAUAUCCUGAGAUAAUGAACCAUCAAAUGCUUGUAAUGACUGUAUUUUUUUUUAAUGUGGGAUUUUGCUGUCUUUAAACAUACCACCAUUUUGAGCAUUGUAUAUAGUUUCUUCAGGCCAAUAAAAUAAAAUCUUGAAAAUUGGAA